GGGAGGCUAGCUUCUUGACGGAGGAACAAAGUGAAACAUAGCGGAUGUUGUAUGUGCAACAGCCCACUAAACAAAGUUUUCCCGAUACACAUGCCACGCAGCCCCCCAACAGUCUUCACUCUGAGGCCUAAGAGCACGCCACACUGGCAGCAAUGUCUUACAGUAAAGCAGACGGGUAUCGCACCCAGCCACGGGACUCCAACACCCUCAUCCAGACAUGCAGCUCCAACAUCCAGAAGAUCACACAGAACACUGCUCAGAUAAAGAGCAUGGUGAAUCAGCUGGGGACGAGGCAAGACACCAGCGAACUGCAGGACCGUCUGCAGCAGAUACAGCACUUUACCAACCAGCUGGCCAAGGAGACCAACAAGCACCUGAAAGACCUGGGCGCCGUCUCACUAUCUUCAGCACCUUCGGAGCAGAGACAACAGAAGAUCCAGAAGGAACGGCUGAUGAGUGAUUUCUCCGCUGCCCUCAACAACUUCCAGGCCAUACAGCGCCAGGCGGCAGAGAAGGAGAAGGAGUCUGUGGCCAGAGCCAGAGCUGGUUCCCGUCUCUCUGCUGAAGAUGGUACCUCUGAGGAACAGCUCGUGUCUUUUGAUAACCAAGAAGAUUGGGGUCAGACAACCACACAGACGACGGAGGAGGCCAUAACAGAAGAGGACUUGGAGCUUAUCAAGGAGAGAGAGACCAACAUCAGACAGCUGGAGUCUGACAUCUUGGAUGUGAACCAGAUCUUCAAGGACCUAGCUGUGAUGAUCCAUGAUCAGGGAGAGAUGAUUGACAGCAUAGAGGCCAACGUGGAGAGUGCUGAGGUCCACGUAGACCGAGGGACGGAACAGCUCCAGAGGGCCGCGUACUAUCAGCAAAAGUCCCGUAAGAAGAUGUGUAUCCUGGCUGUGGUCUUGUCCAUAGUGUUGACCAUAGUGGGCAUCAUCAUCUGGCAAGCCACCAAAUGAAAAGAGAGACCCAACCCUCCUAUCUUUCACAUCUUUAUUUAUUUCAUCCCCCCCGACUAGCUCACUGUUGGCAGGGUCAGGGGUCAGGGGUCAGUGGAGUGGCAUCAGGGCAAAGGGAUGGGUCUGGGAUGUAACCUUACCUGUUACCUGACAUUCCCCACCUGAGCUCAAGGCCUCCAGCUAACCUCCUCUCUCAUUUACCCUGAGACAACGCGCAGUAGUAUUUAUAUUCAAAUGAAGAGGAGUAUUGGAGUAAAAUGGGGCGGGAGAGUGGAUUAAUAUAAAGAUAUUCUGUUUCAUUUCAUUUUACUUGUGAUAUUUACUACACUAACAUUCAUUGUAUUUCCAAACACAUAAUUAUUGUUAUACAUAUCAUUGUUGAUGAACUAUUAUAUAAGAAAUGGGGACAGACACCAAUAUGAGAAAAAAAAUACAACUGUUUAUGUAAAUGAAUCUCUGGGUUUUUAGGGGGGGGAAAUGAUUUUGGUAACCUGUCCAUUUCCGGCACCUUUCUGGUAUGUAAACAGUUUAGAGUGCCACACUCCAUUCAAGUUAUAGGAGAGGUUUCCUGGACACAGAUUAAGCCUAGUCAUGGACUCAAAAUAAUCUUCGCUGGAGAUUUUUCCAUUGAGCUUGCUUCUUAGUCCAGGACUAGUCUUAAUCUGUGUCCAGGAAACCAGGCCAUAGUCCUUAUAAUUGUUCAGGUGAGAUCAGGUUCUGAUAGAAAAACCAUUGUUUUAUCCAACUGUGUACAUGAUAAUAUCAAACUCUGGUCGUAAUAAACACAUUUAUAAACACUGUUGAAAGAACAAACCUCUAUAAGCAGUUUCCAAAAACACAGAUUUAAGCUUCAAAUUAUUUGUAAUUAUGUUCUGGCCCCUUGACCAUCCGCUCAAGCAAAAAAUCGGCCCGCUGCUCAAAUCUAGUUGAUGAUCCCUGUUGUAGAUGGUGUUCACUGGAUAAGAUGAUCAUAGUUGUAGAUGGUGUUCACUGGAUAAGAUGAUCAUAGUUGUAGAUGUGCUGUAAAAAUGCGUUUAUGACUGAUGUUCACGUUAUGAUGCAACUCUUUGUAUUUAUUCCAAAAUCUUGGACUAUAAACCAUUAUGAUGACAA